CUCAAAAUGGCGGACAGCUGAGCAAUCCCAAUGUUUCUCUUCUCUAUCUCCUUUCUUCAAAGAAAGGCACCAUCAGUCUCAAUCUUACACUACAUAAGGUGCUUAAAGAACCUAAGGGAAGUAAGGCUGUCAUCGUAUGCCAAGAAGAAGGAAACAGACGUAAAAGAUGUGACACUCUAUUACUACAAUCGCCAGAAAUUUUUCCGUCUGGUUGGCUUUGCUUGUGCCAGCCAGUUUAUCUUUUGGUCAUGGAUGGCAUAUUUCAAUUUAAGCCAAGUAAAAUUGGCCGACCUUGUAAAUCUUAAAAGGAACAGAAGCCAGGAUGAGAUUCUUGAUGUUACUUCAAAGUCAAAAGGUUCAUGGAAAAUUGUAAGAUUUAUGGAGGACAAUCCUGCAUUAUUGGCUGGUAUUGCUGUGGUUAUGGGACUGUUUUUCACCACAUCUGGGUUUCUUUAUAGUUUCAGGAGUAUAAAUCGGCUGGUCCUUCAAGGAAACAAUUUAAGGGUGGUAACACACACCCCUUUGGGAGGUACACGGUCAUUUACAGUGCCAAUUUCUGAUGUGUCCUGUGGAAGUUCCAGAACAGGGACAAAGGCUCAUGUGUCACUGAAGAUAAAAGGGCAUCGUUUCUUUUUCCUUAUGGACAAAGAUGGAGACUUCCUUCAACCUACUCUUUUUGACAGGACUGUUGGAUUGAAGAGAUUCUAAUUGCUGGGUCUUGUUGCCUAUAAGUGUGGACAAAUGGUGAAUUCUAAAUGUACAUUGCACUUUGUUGGUCACUAUUGAGGAAUCAUGUGCUUGUGCUUGUCUGGUUCUGUGAGAUUUCUUGUUAAAGAACUGAACUGUCAUGAAAAUUACAGGAGAUUGCAGCAGAACAGUAGAUCUAAGAAAACUGGUGAAAUGUUCAAUAUCAAUUAAAUUUGUUUUCCAUACUGGGGCAAGGCUAAUAUGAUAUGAAUUUAUUUUCCCACGAGUCACAAAUCAAGAGGGAAUCCUUGAAAAGGUAUAAAGUGGUUAUAUUUAACCUUUGCCAUUAAAAUAAGAAAGAUUUUCAGUUACUCAUCUUGUCAAAGGCUGCUGUAUGCACUAGGAGAUUACUGGCUUCUUCUUAGGAGUGCAAAUUUUUUUUAAACAUGUGCCACUGUUGUGCACAGUCUGACCCUUAAUGUGUUCAUGAUACCAGCAAGCUUUUUGCAGAUAAGGCCAAAUCUAUCUAUCCACAAACCCAUCAUUUUUUCCUGUUACCAUUUUCCUUUCUUUAGAGAAAUGUAUUAUUGGAGGAAUGCCACUUUUCAAGGAAUGUCUUCCUAUUUCAAAAAGACAGUGGUUAGGCCACUUAGCCCGCAGUGAUUACAUAGUCUAACUUAUGUACUUUGAAUAACUAUGUGUAAGUUUAAAAACAAGGGAACAUAAUUUCUAGACUACGGGCACUCUCCCUUCCCAAGCAUAAGCCAUUGCAAAAGUCCAUAGAAAUGGGAAAAAACCCAUUGUGAUCACUCAACUCUUACUGUAAUGCUGGUUAUUCUUGGCUAUGUCUUUGUGUUGUACCAGUAGACUGGGUGAUCAAAAUUUACAUAACCCAUGGUGUUCUGGUGGAUAUUUUCGCAAAAGAGACGAGUGUUUUACAUGCAUUUCAUUUAGUUCUUUUCACUUGGCAAAUGCCAAAAUGGAUACAGAACAGACAAAAGGAACAAAUAAAUAUCCAAAAAUAGGUUUAUUUUCUUAAAAACUA